AGAACACCCAAGAACCAAAGCAGUCGUCUUACGCCAACACACACGAUGCGCGGGUUUCUUACGCUACUCAGCGUUAUGCUGACCUACACCACUGCGGUGUAUGCUACCGCUCUCACCUACAAAAUGGAUGCACACGAAGUAGCCUGCUUCUUCGCAACCACUGUGAACAAGGGGACUAAGCUGGCCUUUUACUUCGCUGUACAAUCCGGUGGUUCGUUCGAUAUCGACUACAAAGUCACCGGUCCUGGAGACAAAGUCAUUAUCGAUGGUACAAAGGAACGUCAGGGUGACUUUGUCUUCACCGCGAAUGACGUUGGAGAGUACAAAUUCUGUUUCAGCAAUGAGAUGAGCACAUUUGCGGAGAAGGUGGUAGAUUUCGAGAUUGCCGUCGAGAACGAAGCCGCCCGCGCCAAGAUUCCUUCCAAGCAGGGCUCCUCCCCUGAGCAAACCUCCGUAAUCGAAGAGUCCAUUCUCAAGCUUUCAGCCCAACUCUCAACCAUUUCGCGCAACCAAAAGUACUUCCGCACGCGCGAGAACCGCAACUUUAGCACUGUCAAGAGCACCGAGAAGAGGAUAUUCAACUUCAGUCUGAUGGAGUCAGGCCUGAUUGUGACCAUGGCAGCUCUCCAGGUCUUCAUUGUCCGAUUCUUCUUCCAGGGUGCUAGGAAAGGUAUUAUAUGAUAUCUGCACAAGUUUGGUUGCAAUUCAAGUUGUUGCAGGCUGACGUGUAUUGGUAGGUUACGUCUGAGCGUUCCUGCAUUGUUCUGGUCAGAGUUGAAAGAUUAUAUGCACACAUAAAGCGCGGGCACUUGGCAUUGUUAUAUAUGUGGGCGAGUAGAGUGAGUGUUUUGUUUUGGACUGUCUCUUUAAGGCGCUACUGGGACUUGAAUCACGUGUACCAACAUCCUCGUUCCUAUAGGGCUUAUCGGGCCAUCGACUAGGGAUGAGAAGAAUGCUAUUGAGAUAUUCAAGGGUUCACUAUCAGUUCACAAUGUUGUAGUAUGCCAAUGGCAUCACUAGCCACAUGUUCAUCAUUGUUAGUCGGGAGAUUUGAUAGCGACCGGUAGCGAAUCGCACGAACGCACACUCCGCAAUACUGCUCACGCGCUACAAUAGUGUUGUUGCCUUUUCGAUAAAAUCUGAUAACAGAGUUAUUCAU